AUGGCCAUGACAACUCAUAACAACGGCUCCGGAGCCGAAAAAGAUGACCCACACACUAAACAUGUCGAACUUAGCACAGACUCCCAGCUGGCACAAGCGGCCGACCUCGAGGAUCACGAGUUAGGCAUAAUAUGGAAAUCCCUUGUUCGCUACCCACGGGCAUCUGUAUGGUGUGUUUACGCCUGCUGGACUAUCAUUAUUCUCAGUUUCGACGUUCAAGCUGCAGGAGCUGUCGUAGGCAUCUCGAGUUUUCGCAAAGACUUUGGGUACAAGUUUGAGGGCGACUACGUACUGCCAGCGGCGUGGCAAUCUUCAUUCAGUGGCGCUCCCAUUGCAACCGCAGUGAUAUCGUCUAUUGCCUCCGCCGAGUUGGCAGAUUUCAUCGGCAGAAAGAAGGUCCUUGCCAUCGCCAUAUCGUUCGUUGCCGUUGCCAUCGAGUUCAUCGCAACCACCAAUGCUGUUUUCUUGGCCGGCAAACUUCUCAAUGGCUUCAUGUUCGGCGCAGUUACUCCGUUAGCAUUGUGCGGUCUCUUUACCUGCGGCGUGGGUGUAGCCUACGGCAUCGGGCCAUUGGUCGCCUUCAUCGCUAUAAACUACACUGGAACAUCCCAGUCGCGUUGGGCGUACCGCACAGUGUUCUGCUGUCAGUUCGGGUUUGCAAGAGUUUCGGCCAUCCUCUGGUCAUCUAUGCCUGAGUCCUCAUGGUGGCUUGUGUCCAAAGGAAAGAAGAAAGAAGCUCUCAAGAGUUUAGGCAGACUUGGACACACAGGAAACGAAGGAAGAGCGAAGCUUGCUCUCAUAGAACGUACAUUGGAAGAGGUUUGCCAAGAAACAGACGGCGUUACCUAUCUGGAGUGUUUUAAAAAGUCCAACAUGCGGAGAACAAUGAUCAGCAUCAUGCCAUUGAUAAUCCAAGCUUUCAGCGGCAUCUCUUGGGUUGCCGGUUACUUCACCUACUAUCUUCAACUAGCUGGCUAUUCCACCUCAUUGAGUUACAAGCUUCAGACCGCCCAACUAAUUCUGUCCAUUGUCGGUAAGUUGAUGGCCGCCGCUGUCAUUGACAAAAUAGGUCGGAGGAAUCUAACGUUCUACGGCUUGGGUGACUGGGGAACCGGUACUACUCAAACCACGAUCAAGGGAACCGUGGCCUUCAUUCUCCUAUACAGCUCGUGGUACAACGUUUCCAUCGGGUCCAGUGCCUUCUCCCUCUUAGCCGAAACAUCGACGUCCCGACUCCGAGCCAAGACCGUCGCAAUUGGGUACGCAUCGCAGAACAGCAUUAACGUCAUGUGGCAGUUUGUUAUUCCUUACCUGUUUAACCCCGAUAAGGUCAAUCUGGGUGCCAAGCUUUCCUUCAUAUUUGGCGGGUUGUGCUUCUUGUCACUUCUUUACCUAUGGUACUUCCAGCCCGAAACCGGUGGUCGCUCUUAUGAAGAGCUUGACGAAAUGUUUACAAAGGGUAUUCCGACCAGGAAGUUCAAGACAUACAAGACUACCGUGCAAAUGCGCAACGAGACUGGUGCAUAG